CGGUGACUGCGAUACCGUUCGAGUUUUAACUUUUAUCCGAAGGAAGCGGGUACACGGAAUGUAACUAAUUAAUCUCUUGAUCCGGGCUUUUAAUCGAUCGAUGUAGAUGCAUGAUCGACGUGAAUUGACUUUAACGUGUAACUGAAGUUGGUGCUGGUACAGCAGGAUGCGUGCUGGCGUCACGGCUUUCCGAAAUUUCGAACGUGUCGGUUUUGUUGGUCGAAGCAGGAGGACACUUCGGAUGGAUAUCGUCCGUUCCAAUUUUGGCACCAAUUAUGCAAAAGACUGACGUCGACUGGUCCUAUUCCACGGAACCGCAAAGGUUCUCUUCCAAAGGAUUUUGGAAUCACAUACAAAAGAUACCAAGAGGUAAAGGGUUGGGCGGCAGCGGCCAGAUAAAUCACUUGGUUCACUCCUUCGGAAAGCCGGAAGAUUACAAAGCCUGGCCGAGAGGAUGGUCACACGCCGAUUUACUUCCGUACUUUAAAAAGGUGUCCGAUAUCAUGAACGUAAUGUCCAGCCCGGAGGAAGAAUAUCUGGCGCAAGCUUUUCUCAUGGCGGAAGAAUCGUUGAAGUUGAAUAAUGUGACUCUUCAAAAGGGGAUGUACACGACGAAAAGAGGUUCCCGUUGGAGCACGUUUAACGCGCAUUUGCAAAAUGCCUGGAAUAGAAAGAACUUGCAUAUUUUGAUAAACACGUUGGUUUCCAAAGUACUUUUCAAAGAGAAUUUGAACGCAGAUGGGAUCAAGGUGAUUUACAAAGAUGGAUCGGUGGGAAAUAUCGCUGCGAGAAAAGAGGUGAUCCUUUGUGCUGGUGUUAUCAAUAGCCCUCAAUUGCUUUUGCUUUCGGGAAUCGGGUCAGCCGAAGAGCUUGACAAAUUUCAGAUACCAGUGGUGAGCAAUGUUCCGGAAGUGGGCAAAAAUCUGUUUGACCAUCUUCUUCUUCCGCUCUAUGUUAAUCUACAGGCAAGAGUAAGCAUAACUCUGUACAAGUUACAAACGCUUCCUGAGGUACUAAAUUAUUUCGUCUUUGGAAGAGGAUGGUACGCGACUAAUGGUAUAAUGGCGAUGGGUCGUGCCAAUGAUAGCGGAGUUAUGCUUUUUGGUAUGGGUUCAACCGAUGAAAAAAUAUUAAGGAGUUUGUCUAAUUACAAAAUAGAGCAUUACAAGUCGAUGUAUCCAUCCUACGACAACAACAGUCGCGAAGGAUUCCUAUUUCUAUCCUACUGUUUACAACCAAAAAGUCGUGGUAGCAUUUCACUGAGGUCUAACAAUAUUCGCCAUCAUCCAAAAAUCGAUCCUGCUUACCUUCAGCACUACGACGACGUUCUAUGCACUUACGGAGCGAUAAACUUCGCUCUUCAGACGCUCGAGACGCCCAAGUUUCGUGAGUAUGGCGCGAACGUUCAUCAUCCUGAUUUAGAAGAGUGUCGACAUUUGCCACAAGACUACCGGGAUAUCGAAUACACGGAAUGCGUGCUGAGAGUCGGUGCUCUCACCAGUUAUCACGUGUGUGGCUCCUGCAGGAUGGGCACCGAUGAUCGUGCAGUCGUCGAUGAGAAAUUACGAGUGAGAGGUGUCAAAAGACUGAGAAUAGUCGAUGCCAGUAUAUUACCGUCUCCCAUUUCCGGUAAUCCAAAUUCCGUCGUAAUUGCCAUUGCGGAACGAGCAAGCGAUUUAAUUCUCGGUCGCACAUUCAAUUAGUAAAAUGUAUUUAUUCUACUGCGUUAAAAUAACAAAUAAAUAUAUCAUCCGUAAGAAUAAGUCGAAUGCGAUUAAUUAAAGCCUGAACUUAUACCUUACGAUAUAUAGAAUAUUAUUUUGUUAUUCUUACAGUAUAUAACGAUAUAGUAUAUUAUUGUACAUAUUAUCAAUGCUUUCAAUUGUCGAUUUAUACAAACUUUAUAUUAUGUAUAUAAAGUUUGAAGAAUAUUAUCGAAGGAGAUACAAAGUAACAAUCAAGUGGGAAAAGGACAGGGGAAGAAAAGAUGCCUGGUCAGAUUUUUUGUAAUUUAUAAUUAAUGUUUUCUUGUUUCACAGUAAUUAAACAGUUAUUAAUAGUCUAAUUAAAUUUCGAUUAAUUUUUAUACAAACAAAAAAGAGGAUGAGUUACACUCAACUCGGCGUAGCACAAACCCCUGCCACCCUGUUCGCGCUCGGAGAAAAAAGAAAAAUAAAAAGAAAAAUGUAUCGUAACGCCA